GGCUGUUUGUUCCAAACUGGCUCUUUUUUGCAGGCUGCAGAUUCUGUAUCUGGUGGUGUCUCUAGUGGAGUUUCUUUCUUUUGCUCUGUAUCAUCCAGAUCUUUAAUGGAACAGAAACGCUUUCUGAGUGGGGAGAAUUCAGCUGUGUGACUAGGAGGGAAUGGCUCAUCAUUCCAAAUCUCCGUUAAGACGCUCCUUCAGCGAACAUAUUAAAGAUUCUACCAACAAAGCAUGGAAUAUAAUCUGGAAAAAUACAAGGGAGAAGAGACUUUCAGAAAUUGAAGCAAAGGAUGCUUGUGACUGGUUGAAAGCUGCUGGAUUUCCACAGUACUCCCAGCUAUUUGAAGCCUCCCUGUUUCCUAUUGAUAUUGAAGUUGUGAAAAAUGAUCAUGAGUUUUUAGACCAGGAUGCCACAGAGUCUUUGUGCAGGCGAUUGAAAACACUGAACAAAUGUGCGAUGAUGAAAUUGGAAAUUGGUAGAGAGAGAAGAAAGAGUGAUGAUUCUGAAGAUGAAGAUCCUUGUGCCAUCAGUAGCAAAUGGACUUUUCAAAGGCACAGCAAGCAGUGGUCUCGUGUUGAGCAAUUAGAACUUUUCCAUCCAGAAAAUCUUUGCUUACCCAGUAGCCCAUGUUUGAAGACGGUUGACUGUGAUGAUAUAUUCCCAGAGCUGGAAGAGAAGCAGGAAGUUUCAUCAGUUCACAGCAGCAGUAGCAGCAGUGCAGGCAGUGAUAGUAUCAGCUUGCCAAAAAGUUCUGAAAUGCACAUUACAGAUUUUGAGACUAGUCGAAGUUCCUCAAGAUGUUCCUCAAUUAAGUUGCCAUCUGCAGACACCUCCUUCAGUGGCCCACCAUCUCCAAAUGAGCUCUCCUGUUUUGGUACUGAUGAAAAGGUCACUCAAAAGUUCUCAAAGACCAGGGGAAAGGGUUUGUUAAAGAAAAUGGAAAGGCUUCGAUUAAGAAGUUCUAGUCAGAAAAGGAACAAUCAACAAAAAUGUAGGCCAUUUAUCAGUGCGCCUGUGCUUCAAGAAGGAUUUGAUGAAGAAAAGAUGAGAAAUCUCAAUUGUACUGACGUUGCUGAACUUGAUGAGACCUUUCUUAGACAGAACCCAUCAUACUCCUCCCAAACCUGCAGUAGUAGCAGUCAAUCUGAGAACAGUAGUACAGUAAGCACACCAAGUCCUGUCCUUCGAACACGGAGUCAAACCUUAAGUCGAAAUCGAGAUGGGAUGUAUAUGGAAAGUUUUGAUUCAGCACAACUACCCUGCAGGAGUAUUAGCCAACAGAACUUUAUAAAUGAGAAGUGUCAGCAUGACCAUCUUCUUUUUCAGAUUCCGCAAGGCCACAAACCAGGAACAUUUCCGAAAGCACUUCAGCAUGGUAUUGUCUCACCAAUAGACACUUCAGUAAACUGGAGAACUGGCAGUUUCCAUGGUUAUCGUCGAAGUAGAUUUGGCAGAGACAGUAGGGUGAGCAGUUCAAAGGAGAUUGACUGUAGGCAUGACUCCCAUGACGACUUAGAUAAUCGCAUGAGUAUAUAUGAUAACAUUCCAGGGGCCCUUGUUCACCUGAACAAUGGAGAGGUAGCAGAUGCAGCUGAUGAUGACGUGUUUGCAGAACUGGAUGAUGUCAUGGAGCAUGUGAAUGGCCUUCAAAGACUCGUGAACAAAUGGUCAGAAAAGUUUUCUGAUGAAGGAGAAUCUGAUUCUGCAAAUGACUCAGCAUCUCCUUAUCCAUCCUCUCCAAAGGACAUUCAUUUGGAGAUAGAGAAACAUCUUGGGUGUGUUAAUGAGGAAAUGCAAGCUAGUAACUUGGAUAUUACAGAAAAGUCUGUCAAUGAUUUGGACCCAUCAGUCCUGCAUUACAAGAGGGACUCUGGCGUUGGCUCAUCGUUGACGCACAACAACAGGCAGCGGAGGUUAUGCUGGCAGGGUGAACUGAACUUGAAUCCUCAGAACUUGCAUCUCCAGAUUGAUAGCCAGUCUGCAGCUCAGCUCAACCUCUUACAGAAAUUGGCGCUCCUGAAGCUCACCACCCUGAUGGACAAAUACUCCCCCUCCAGCAAGCAAGGCUGGAAUUGGACAGUUCCAAAGUUUAUCAGGAAGAUGAAAGCACCUGAUUACAAAGAUCAAGUAGUGUUUGGCGUUCCAUUGUUGCUAAACGUGCAGCGUACAGGGCAUCCGUUACCAAAGGGUAUUCUGCAGGCCAUGUAUUUCCUCAGGAGCCAUUGCCUUGAUCAGGUUGGAUUAUUCAGAAAAUCUGGAGUCAAGUCAAGGAUCCAGGCACUACGCGAAAUGAAUGAAAGCUGCCCAGAUGGAGUCAGCUAUGAAGGCCAAUCUGCGUUUGAUGUAGCAGACAUGGUAAAACAGUAUUUCCGGGAUCUGCCUGAACCCUUGUUGACCACCAAGCUCUGCGAGUCAUUCCUCCAUAUUUAUCAGUUUCUGCCGAUAGACCAACAGCUUCCAGCUGUGCAGUCAGCCAUUCUGCUGCUCCCAGACGAAAAUCGCGAAGCUCUGCAGACCCUUCUCUUCUUUCUCUGUGAUGUCGUGGCUUGUGUCAAUGAGAACCAAAUGACACCUACAAACCUUGCAGUCUGCCUGGCUCCAUCCCUCUUCCACCUCAACACCCUGAGAAGGGAAAGCACUACCUCACGGGUGAGCCAGAGGAAGUACAGUCUCGGGAAGCCUGAUCAGAGGGAUCUGAGUGAAAACCUUGCUGCUGCCCAGGGAUUGUCCCACAUGAUUGCUGAGUGUACAAAUCUCUUCCUGGUUCCUGAGCAAUGGGUAGAGCAGUGCCAGAGCUUGUCCAUCAGCCAGGAUUUCCAGAUGGAGUGUGACGAUAGUCCAAACAACUCUGACUGGUAUCUUAAUAUCAAGGCUACAUUGCAGGGUUCUUUACAGAACACGCUGAAGGAGGGGAAAGAGAAAUUUAAAGGUUGGACCAGCUGCUCCAGUGUAGAACAUGUGGAAAUCAUGUACAAAAAGGUUGAUGACAAUCAUCCAUUGAGGGUAUGGAAAGUAUCUACUGAGGUGGACAAGACACCAGAGGAGAUUCUGAAGCAUUUGCUUAGGCAGCAUCAUCUUUGGGAGAGAGACCUUGUUCAGUCAAAGGUCAUUGAGAAUCUGGAUGAUGAGACUGAGAUAUAUCAUUACACCAUCCGUAGUGAAUUCUCCCAUCCAGCAAGAGAUUACACUGUAUUGAGGACGUGGCAGACAGACACUCAAACAGGAAUGUGUCUUUUAGCUGCCACUAGUGUGGAUAUUAAAGAAGCUCCUUUAAUUGGAGUCCGAGCAAAUGUGAUCACAUCCCAACAUCUCAUCGAGCCAAUUGGAGCAACAAAAUCUAAGCUUUCUCAUGUCUGUCGAAUAGAUACAAGAGGACGAACUCCAGAAUGGUACAACAAAGUAUUUGGCCAUCACUGCGCUGCUGAACUCCUCAAGAUUAGAGACUCCUUCACAGUACCUGAUGCUGAACUACGGGAAACAAAAAUUUGAAACAAUAAUGCUGUUCUGUUGUAUAAGUGUUUUCAUCAACCCAACAAUUCUUUGUAAGUGCCAUUCAUACACAACUGGGAUAUCAAACCAACAACUGCAAUGGUAAUGACAGAUGGAAGUGAGGAACAACGGGAAAGCGAAAACACCCAAAGCAAACUCUCAACCUCCCACCGCCAUGAAAUCAGGAGCAGAAAAUGUGUUGUAAUUGGGGAGAGAAAGGUGGGCUUUUGAAAAAGUACUAAUGCACAUCACUAAUAAUGGGAGUUUAUAGGUCAUAAAUUUUGUUAUUGAAAUUGUAGUAGUUUGGUCAAAUACCUAGAAGGUUUGCUUUCAAAUUAUAAGCAUUUCUUCAGUGUCUUUUUGACAUGUAAGCAUUGUUUUGGCUUCUGCCAAGGAGGCUGUAGACUGGCUGGAAACAACAUCCACAGCAAGCUGUCAUGCUGCAAACCGGUGUAAUAAGCAGCUGGGCAGUUGCUGUGGGUGACAACAGCAUGGCAACAUGUCAGUACUGGGUUCAUUAACACCUCAGCAAUGGAGAAAGUGAGCAUCUGUAAUGGCAGACAUCCAUGGAAAAUGAAAACUCAUGCAAAGAAUUUUUUUGAGUCAUUUCACAUUUCAGGGUUGCUGGUUUCUUCACAGAUCUUUAAUAAGGGUACUUUAAAAGAAAAAUUGCUUUAAAUUCUUUUUAAAGCCCUGGCACUUUAGGUCAACAAAACACUGAAAAGCAAAGGCUCUCUGCCUGUACUUGCAAAGUGAUCAUCCAAGUAUGUGCCUCUUCAAUAGAAAAGAUCUGUGCAUGGUCACCUGAUUGUCAUAAUGCUCCCAAAGUGUUUAAUGAUGCAAAUCCUUCUUUCAUUCUGUAUAAAGAGAGACGAUGACAGCGAGUGCAGUCAAUUAAUCCUAACCACUCAUUUUGUUGUUUUUACUAUUUUGUUUUAACGGAUAUUAGGUGUUCAUAGCCCAAUUGAUUAACUUCAAAAGAUUUCACUCAUUGGUUGCUUAAUUUGUAUGGGCACAAAAUUUUCAUAUGACUGAUUUUAAACAAAAAAGAAAAAAAUGCUGGACAUACUGAGUAUUUCUGGCAGCAUCUGAGCGAAGUGAGUGGGUUUUUUUUACACCUGUUAGUUUGUGUGAGGGAUGGAGAGAGGGUACAAUGCAGCAAUGAAAUCCAGUAUUUUGCUUUCUUGCUGCUUAUCAAACUGUCUCUAGUGCACCAAUUGCUUUUUUUUGGGGGGUGGGGGAAGGGGGUUGAUGGUUGGAAGGGGAGGUGUUGGGUGACCAUGACCUUCUGGGUCUAUAUAAACCCUUAAGUGACUAAUGAUAACUUUAAAUGUCUCAUCCCAUCAUCAGUCUUUUACCCAUGGCAGAUCAACACUGCAGGUAACUCAUGAACUGUUAUUAGGCAAGGGGUGGAGUACCUCCUAUUUGAAUGCGCCUUCAAGGCCUUAUUCAUGAUUUGGAUGGCAGCUCUGUAGGACAGAACUUUCUCUCACCCAAAAAAUGGCAGUCUCUCCUUUAAAGCCAUUAACACUAGUCCAAGAAAUUACGUUUGGGCAGUAAUUGGUACGAUGAGUGAUCUCUCUCUCUCUCUCCAACAUUUUAGCCAGAGUGGCAGGGCCACACUUUUCCAUUAAAAUCUAGCCUAAUGUUUCAAGUCUUGCAUUUCUUUGACUACCUGAAACAUUCAUUUUGUUUAUCUCCCAGUGCUACCAAAUCUGAAUUUCCAGCAUUUGCAAUAUUAAACUUUCAAAACUAAUUCUAAUUUUGUAAUGCAACUCCUCCACUUCUCUCCAACCCUCUAUUAUGAAAAGGGUGACAAUCUCAAUGUCUUGGCAAACUACAUCAGAAAUAAUGAUCAAAGUGAUCAGAAGUGUUGCAAAUGGUAUAAAACUUUAUUAUGAAUAGGAAUUUGUCAGCUGAGAAGUUUACAAUUGAGUAAAACAUAGAGAUUUAAUUUGUGGUGUGGAAGUUGAGCUAAAUUGAGAAUUUUAUUAUUUCACGGAACACUUUUAUUUGCUUUACUGAAACAAAAUUUCUUAAAUGGUAUUUUAAGCUUCUUUAUUUAUAUGACCUUUGCGAGAUCUUGUGCUGACUCUUUGACAAGAAAUUCUUAGAGCGAUGGAGAAGAUGAAAGGUCUUUCCUCCAUUUUAGCAAUACUAAGUAAUUAAGGAAUUUGUGACUUGAGCUACACCAUUCAGGCAAGCCAUCACCAGUUUACUUAUCAAAGGGUUAAUUGAUUUUUUUUAAAAAAAAAUUUAGCCAACUGUGACUACCCUGGUUCUUGUUGGUAUUUACUAUUCAAAUUACAUAGGGUGCACAUUUGUGGUCAUUGUAAGGACUGCAGUGCCCAUUUUAGAGUUCAGAUUAACCCCAUUGUUCCCUGCUUCAGUUUAAAAAAAACAGCAAAUGACUGGCCCAUAUAAUUUCAAACUGUACACAAUGAACUACACAAAUGAUUAUUGUUCUUUCCAACCUUUCUCACAAUGAUGCUGAAUGCCAAGUAGGACCAAUUGUAAACUAAACAAAUAUUCUGCACAAGUAUUGAUUCCAUUCCUAUUUCUUGUAGCAAGUAUAACAAUUUUACAUUGUGGUAUCAUUUAUUAAAGGUGUACAGAUAGUACUCCAGUCGGUAACUUCAAGGAUACCUGAGCUGUUGAUCACUUUCAUUUGGUAUAAGACCUGUUGUUCAACAAGCUGGAUUCCUUUUUUAAAGAAAAACUGCAGCUAUUUAUGUUAUGUAACAUUUGAUUUUAUUACAAUACCAUGAUUAAGGAAAUCAAAUUACAUUUUUAUCUAUUUAUGUGCAUAAUGAAAAUACAAAAUGUAUUUAUGUAAAUAUAUUUACUGCAUCAUAAACUCAGUCCAUCUACUUAUUAAUCUAAUUACUAAAUAUGGAAUGAUGAAAGCAAUUGUUUAUAAAUCAUCUCCCUUUGUCGCUUGUGUCUGUCAGAGUAAGAUUACAAGCACAAGUUUCAUGUUUCCCCUGUCUCUAUAGUUUCUUUGUGCCAUACAACAUUAAAAAUAAAAGGCCAGCAAUCAACUUA